CUCACUAUACUGUGUCAUUUUAACUGGAGCUAAUGCAGGAGUGAGUGCAGCUGGCUGGUGACUCCCCAGCUCACAUUCCAAUAUUCUACAGAUAGAAUGGAGCAGGAGGCUUUAAAGGGACACAGCAGGAUGCCUUGAGUCUGCAACAUCAGCCGUUGGAUUUUCUAACCAUUUACUUUGCCUGCAAAUGCUGGGGCUCCAAUGAUCCAAGCCAUGGGGGAUCUGGAAUCUGGAUAUGAGCUGGUGGAUGGGGUGAGACUGGGGUACCUGGUUAUUAGGGGCAAGCAGAUGUUUGCCCUGUCGCAGGUGUUCACAGAUCUCCUGAAGAAUAUCCCAAGGACUACAGUGCACAAGCGCAUGGAUUAUUUAAAAGUGAAAAAGCACCAGUGUGACUUGGAGGAGCUGAGAAAACUCAAAUCCAUCAACUCCAUAGCUUUCCAUGCAGCCAAAUGCACUCUGAUCUCCAGAGAGGACGUGGAAGCCCUAUACACCUCCUGCAAGACAGAGAGAGUCCUUAAAACAAAAAGGAGGAGGCUUAGCAGGGCCCUGGCAACAAAAGAUCUGCAAGAGGAGCUCCCAUCCCCCGGCCCUUACUCCAGAUAUUGGAAAGAGGACAAACUUUGGCUGGAAUUGAAUGAAUCUGCCCAGCCAAUAAACGGGAAAGCCUUUACUCCCAGAGACUCAGACUUGCUACCGGCAGCUCAUCUACCUCAUUUUUUAAGUAAAUACACUGGUCAGAGCUACCCAGAAAUACAGAGGUCGCCUUGCAAAAGCCCCCUAAACUAUGAAACUGUCCCCCUCACUGGAGACUGCGUUGCGGCUUUUCACUCCAGCCUGCCCUACAUCAGGGAGGUUCUGUGCACCAAGCACCCUGCAGCCUAUUACUGCCAGCCAGCCAUUGCCCAGCCCAAACUCGGCUGCCCUGCUGGGGUGACAUACAGGUACAAAAGGAAACGAUCUUCUGCCGAAAAGGACUCUUACAGCAGCAGCCGGAGGCUCCUCUUCAUUCCCAAAACCUAUAGAUCCAAGUGCAGCUCCAUCUGUCUGGAGAGGGUCCACCUGGUCAAUGGCUUCUGCCCCCAGCAUUUGGCCACCUUGCAGGAGAGCUACAGCAGCGACUCAGAGUCCAGCUCCUACUCGGAACACGCAGCCAACGAUUCGGAUUUUGGCUCCAGCCUUUCCAGCAGCAGCAACUCUGUGUCUUCAGAUGAGGAGGAAGAGGAGGAGGGCAGUGUGUCUGAGUCCAGCGAGAUCAGCUCAGAGGAAGACAGCUCCUCCGAGUCAGACUCCAGCUCUGUGACCAGUCAGGUCUCGGUACAAAGUAUCCGUUUCCGCAGAACCAGUUUCUCCAGCCCAACAGCUCCUGUCCUGGGUCAGACUAACCUCCUGUACCAUCAGCUCUCCAGCCCCAGCAACAAAGUAUCAAACUGUGACUUCAAGUGUGAGAGGCAGGAUGAUUGGAAUCCUCAGCAACCCUGGGGCAGCGUGUGUUCUACCCCUGGCACUGCCAACCCUGGGCCCCACAUCAGAUGUGAUGGGGCUUGUGUCAUCCCAUUCCCACUCUCUGGGUUUUCUUCUAAUGCAAAGAGGACUGACCUAACAAUUAACUGUGUUACUGCAGAGGGGGGCUCUACACCUAGCCCAAAGAAAAACAAUGCAUUGCCACAACAAAGACUACACAGAGAGGGGAAGCAGUUCCUUCAAUCAAGCCUCACACCGUGUGUGGACAGGAGUAUUACAGCCCACAGACCCCCAAACUGUGUGAGUGCCUCAUCUGACACCCAGGGCAAAACCUCCAGACUAUGUGCCCCAGCAGCAGAGACCCCUGAUGGCUCUGCCCAGACUCAUCAGGGGGGGACUGGAGACCCAUGCACUGAUUUAUCCUUUCUGCACAACGUUAAAAUUAAAAUAGAAGACAGUAAUGAAGAAUACGAAACUACUCAGCAUAAGCUAAAUUAUGAGUGCAAUGUUGCAAAGGACGAGCUUGACAGUGAUGUGACUGAGGAGAGGACUGAUGAGAGUUUAUUGCAAACUAAGGAGGACCCUGAGUGCACUGACCCUCAAACCACUUCCCAAAACCUGGUGGUGGCCCCAAGUCAGGUCCCCCCGUGCACUUUAGGUACCCCGAAACCUGAGGAUGGAGACUAUAAAUUUGGUGCUAAAGUUAGAAAAAAUUACAGAACUCUGGUGCUAGGGAAAAGACCCCUUUUACAGACCACCCCCAGUAAACCAAAUCUGAAAUCUGCAAGGAGUCCACGACCCCCAGGGAAGAGUGACUUUUGUGAAGGAACACUGGAUGGCUUUACAGUGACCAAUCGACGUAAAAGGUUAGCCAACAAUGUAGCAUCUGCAGUAAAGAGACCCUUUAAUCUCAUGGCAAAUUUCCCUUGUCCACCGUCACUAAUUAUUGGCAAAGACGGGGACUUGCUUCCAGCCUAUUCCUUAAAAAGCACAAAGGAAUAUAGCACUCCAAACAAGGCACAUCCUAUUUGGAAAUGGCAGCUGGGGGGUUCUGCUAUACCUCUCCCCCCCAGCCACAAAUUCAGGACAUUUCACUCAUAACACAGUUGGGAAUUAUUAUAAUUUUUUUUAUUGUAUCUUGAUUUUUUUUUUUUCGUUUUUCUUUUGCCUUUCUCUUUAAAACAAUUGGUUGUAUCAGCCUGUGUUUUUUUUUUUAUUUUAUUUUAUUAUAAUUAUAAUUAUUAUUACAUGGAAUCGCCGUCUCUGAAGAAUCAAAGUUGGAUACAUUAUUUUGCAAUAUGGAGCUUGUUUAUGUUACAAUCUACAGACUACUUCAAGCUAAAACACACAUUAGCCCUGAUCUUGAAUGGAUACAUUGAAACAGUUUUGCUGUUAGAUUUCUUACAAUGCACCGGUACCUCAAUUCAUCUACAACAUACAAAAUGUCAACAAAAAAAAAAUAAAAAGCAUUUCUUAAUAAUAAAAGAAAAAAAUAUUAUGAGCCAUUGCAUUUUCUGCACUACAUCUGAAAAUUUGGAAGUCUGACUGUGAAUUGAUUGCACAGUGUGUUUCACUUUAAAUAUCUGUGGCAGUUUUUUUAGAAUUAGCUUGAAAAGGUGUACAUAUAUAUUUUUUGCUUUUUUUUCAAUGAGCAGUUGCACUUAAGACCUUUUGUUCCUAUGGACUGGAAGGGUAUUGGGUUGGAUUUGAACAAAACACAAUUGGGGGGGAAAAAAAGACAAAAAUGUCAUUGUAUUUUUGUUAAAUGCCUUAUAGUUUAUGCCUUAUAGUUUCAGUAUAGUUUAUCCUUUUUGGAUCACAAACACAGACAAACAAACAAUACAAUACACACGUAGCUAAAACAGCAGACACAGACAAUUUAAUGUGUGCAGGGGACGUGAAUUGUGAAAACUAAAAGUGUGAAUACUUUUUAGAUCAUGGUGUAUAGGGCUUUGACACACCAGUCAUUUAAGUUGUGAUGAACUGCCUGUAUUUUAUUCUAAACUUGAAUAUUCCAAUAAUCCUGAUAGACACAGGAGUUUUACUGCACGUGACAAUCAGAAUCUGCCUUUGCACUUAAAGCUUAUAGGAAAUAUUCAGAAUUGU